GAACAUUAUCAGGAAGAUCCAAAGGGAAUGUUUCUGGGAGUUGUGCACUCCCAGAAAAAGCAAAAGCCUGUAAGACUCGGCCGAUGCCAGAGGAAAACAUGAGUAGCCACUCAGAACUUAUUACUCGUGAGAGCAUCAAUGUGGAAGAGACACACUACACAUGCCAUGAGUGUGGGAAAAGCUUCAAUGGGAGCUCAGACCUUUUCACACAUCAGAGAAUCCACAGAAGAGAGAAACCCUACAUGUGCUCUGAGUGCGGGAAAAGCUUCAGUCGGAGCUCAGCCCUUAUCACACAUUGUAGAAUCCACACAGGAGAGAAACCCUACACGUGCAGUGACUGCGGGAAGUGCUUCAGUUGGAGCUCAAACCUUUUCAAACAUCAGAGAAUCCACACGGGUGAGAAACCUUAUGGAUGCUCUGAGUGUGGGAAACACUUCACUGAUAGUUCAACCCUCAUCUCACAUCAGCAAAUCCACACAGGGGAGACGCCCUACACGUGCUCUGAGUGCGGGAAAACCUUCAAUCAGCGCUCAAACCUUAAUAGACAUCAGAAAAUCCACACGGGAGAGACACCCUACACAUGCCAUGAGUGUGGGAAAAGCUUCAAUUAUAGCUCAGACCUUAUCACACAUCAGAGAAUCCACACAGGAGAGAUGCCCUACACGUGCUCUGAGUGCGGGAAAAGCUUCAAUCGGAACUCAAACCUUAUCACACAUUGUAGAAUCCACACAGGAGAGACGCCCUACACAUGCUCUGAAUGUGGGAAAAGCUUUAAUCAGCAUUCACACCUUAUCAGACAUUGUGGAAUCCACACAGGAGAGACGCCCUACACAUGCUCUGAGUGCGGGAAAAGCUUCAGUCGGAGCUCACACCUUAUCACGCAUCGGAGAAUCCAUACAGGAGAGACGCCCUACACAUGCUCUGAAUGUGGGAAAAGCUUCAAUCACAGCUCAAACCUUAUUAGACAUCAGAAAAUCCAUCUGAGAGAGAACUGU